AGUGAAAUUGAUUUUCUACAUCUUGGGAAAGUAAUGUCAUCAAAUAUACAUAAUUUAAAUAAAGUCUUUAACGAAGGUGAUGAAAUCACUGCAAGAAUUGUUUAUUUAUCAAUCUCAAAUGAAGCAAAGACAAUUAGAUUGUCUCUUGAAUCACAUAUUCUUCAACUUGAACCAUCUAGAAAUGUAUUUCCGAUUGGUGUUCAACUAGGAGAGUUGGUCAAAGGCAAUAUAAUAAGGAUUAAAGAAGACAUUAUAACAUUAUCUUUGGAACACUCACAAAUUCAUGCUAAUCUCAAUAUAGCACAUUUGUCUGAUCACUUGUCACCUACUCAUCUUUCAAAUAUUGUUAAAUCGUUAAAGCCAGGUUACAUGUUAAAGGAUCUAAUAAUACUUUCAAAGAACGAUGAAAAAGGGUUUGUAAACGUAAGCAAUAAGCAUUUACUUAUUGAAGCUGCAAAAAAUGGUAAAUUGCCUAAAUCAAUACAAGAUGUUGAAGUUGGUAGCAUAGUACCAGGAUAUGUAAAAAGCGUUACAGAUUAUGCU